UCGUCUUGGGUGGAAAAGCCAAGACGGCAGCAGCAUCAGCAUUUGAGAUUUAAAAAUGAAGCCUCGGCUUAGUUUGGUGUCAACGCAACGCCGAUCUUAAAAUAUACAAAUCCAACUCAACAGACCAUCAUGCUCAAGCUCAUUCCAAUCAUCCAUCUGUAUCUCUCUCCAGAUUCCAACAAUGACGUUUUAUCCCUUCAUCCGAAGAGCUAUUUCCUCUAAGUUCUUCUCUGUUCACAAAUCACAUCUUCUUCGCUCUCCCUCAACCUUCCAUCAUGCACUUACUCGCAUUAACCAUUCCCCUUCUUCUUCGUAUUCUUCCUUGCCCUCGUACAUGCGUGCUGCUGUGUUUUCCGAGCCCAAUAAGCCACUCACCAUUCAAGAAUUCCACAUGCCCCGUCCCAAAGCUGGAGAAGUCCUCAUCAAAAUCAAGGCUUGUGGAGUUUGCCACUCUGAUCUGCACGUUAUCAAGGGCGAGAUUCCAUUCCCUAGCCCUUGUGUAGUUGGCCAUGAGAUUACUGGUGAAGUUGUCGAACAUGGACCUCUCACGGACAGGAAAACUAUAGAAAGACUUCCAAUUGGGGCUCAUGUUGUAGGAGCUUUCAUCAUGCCUUGUGGAAACUGUUCCUACUGUUCCAAGGGCCAUGAUGAUCUAUGUGAAGAUUUCUUUGCUUUUAAUCGGGCCAAAGGAACACUUUAUGACGGUGAAACUCGGUUGUUCCUUCACAGGGAUGGCAAACCCAUAUAUAUGUAUAGUAUGGGUGGCCUUGCUGAAUAUUGUGUCACUCCAGCGCAUGGAGUAUCAAUUUUACCAAAAUCAUUACCAUACACGGAGUCAGCAAUUCUAGGAUGUGCAGUUUUUACUGCAUAUGGUGCCAUGGCCCAUGCCGCUGAAGUCUGCCCUGGGGAUUCCAUUGCUAUUAUUGGAAUUGGAGGUGUAGGUUCAAGUUGCUUGCAGAUAGCAAGGGCCUUUGGUGCUUCUUAUAUUAUUGCCGUUGAUGUUCAGGAUGAUAAACUGCUAAAAGCGAAGACAAUUGGUGCUACACAUACCAUUAAUUCUCAUAAAGAAGACGCUAUUGAAAAGAUAAGAGAAAUAACGGGAGGAAUGGGAGUGGACAUUGCUGUGGAGGCAUUGGGAAGGCCACAGACGUUCAUGCAGUGUACUCAAAGUGUGAAGGAUGGAGGUAAAGCUGUAAUGAUUGGACUUGCUCAAGCUGGUUCUGUAGGCGAGAUUGAUAUUAACCGCCUUGUUCGUAGAAAGAUAAAAGUGAUUGGGUCUUAUGGAGGAAGAGCAAGGCAGGAUCUGCCCAAGUUGGUUAAACUGGCAGAAUCAGGGAUUUUCAAUCUUAGUGAUGCAGUUUCUCGAAAGUACAAGUUUGAGGAUUCAAACCAAGCAUUUCAAGACCUCAAUGAAGGAAAAAUCAUCGGUCGAGCUGUUAUAGAGAUUGCCUAAUUGCUUCACUGUCACCAAAUCAUCACUUAUCUUGUGAUACUGUCUAUUCAAAUAAAUAAUAUGUUACUUUCAAAUAAGUCUGUAUUUUCCACGUGCCUAAAAUGUGGAACUUGUCUUGGCUUCCAAACAUUUUUCUUUCUAGUUGUGUUUUGUACAUAUUUAAGGAAAACUUCGUGAAUCAAACCCCUCUGAACUUUAGUUUGAUUCGUCAAA